ACAAAUGUGCAGCAGGCCCCUAAGCAUGUAUAGAAAUGUUGUCAUCAGUUCCACAUAGAAAGCCUUGGUGGAAAUCAAAGAAGACUGUAAAAGUCACAAGAUCCUAUCCAACCUUCCCUUCCCUGAAUGCCUGGGAAGAAUUCAGGGGCCUCUUGCCUGUGGAUGGGGAACCAAAUCCUGGAGUGGGCCUUGGCGUGGAGGAGGGACUGCUCUGCCAGAUGGUUCAUUCACCAGAAUUCAACCUGUUUCCUGACUCAGUGGUGUUUGAAAGCAACUUUGUCCAGGUCAAAAGGGGCAGAAACUGGACUGACAUCAACAAAGCCUCCUAUACCAUGGCCCUUGGAGUAACCUCCUCCGUGCCCUGCCUGCCCCUUCCCAACAUCCUCCUCAUGGCCAGAGUCAAGUGGCAUCACGGGCAGAGCCAGACGUGGAACAGACCAUCUACAGCCCCAAACAUCAUCCUGAAGAGGAUUCUCCCAUUGAAGUUUGUGGAGCUCCAGGUCUGUGACCGCCUUCAACGCAUCCUGAGGUUAAGGACAGUGACUGAGAAGAUCUACUACCUAAAGCUCCAUCCUGAUCACCCCAAGACUGUGUUCCACUUCUGGAUCCGGCUGGUGUACAUUCUGCACAGGGGCCUGUCCAUCACCACCAAAGACCCUACGAUUCCUGUCACUCACUGCCUGGUACCCAAGAACAGCUGCAGCCCCUCAGGCGACUCAAAGUUAAUACAGAAGAAACCCCCAGCCUCCCAGCCCAGCGAGAGCCUCAUGCAGCUGAUGGCCAAGGGAGAAAGUGAAGCCCUCUCUCAGAUUUUUGCCGACUUGCACCAGCACAACCAGUUCAGGAGCAGCAAAAAGAUGAGGACCAAGAAAAAUAGCUCAGAAAAAGGCACUCCCUGUGAGGACCAUAUCCCUUGCACCCGAGACCUCAGCUGGAGGGAUUCAUUCACCUAUGGAGAGUGGGAAAGAGAGAACCCUUCCGGGCCACAGCCCCUCUCACUCCUCAGCACUCUGGCGGCGGGCACCAGGCCACGGCUGAUCCUACCCACAGGAAAUUCCAUUUGAAGCCACCUGGUCACACUGGGGAAGAUCUAUCUAGUCCUUGCCAAUGCCACACUGCAGCAUUCAGCUUUCUGAGGGACUCUCUGGAUGGAGGAGAGAAAGCUGCAACUAAGGGAAAACAAGACUUAUCUUACAGUGACAGCAUAGCCUUUCCUAGGAGAACCAUGGAGGGUCAGGGAUCCCCAUUGGGCAGCCUCAUUCCAGCUCCAUGCAACUUCAUGUCCUCUCUACCAUGCACCACCCCACCCCACCUCCAUUCCACCACCAGAGCAGGCACAGGAGGCUGAGCUCUCAGAAUGGCUGGGACCAGGAGAAGGCGAAAAGGAAUGGAAGGAAAGCAGGACAAGAGGAGAGGUGGAAGAGAGUGAAAUGGAGGUGAAGGGAAAGGUAGAAGCAAAAAGUCAGAGAAGAAGAAAGAUACAAAGAGAAGCAGUAACAGAAGGAAACAGAAGAGACUUGGGAGAGGAGAUGAAGAGGCCAAGAGAAGAAAUGCAUCACUGAGAGAUGCCUCACUAAGCUUCUAUUUAUCAAAUUUAAAACUUGAAAGUAAGGCCAUAUGCAAAAAGAAAAACAAACAAACAAACAAAGAAACCAAAA